CGGUCCCAACAGCUUCUCCGGGGACAUGGGGUCGCUGGUGAGUACGCGCCACCGACGGCGGGCUUCCCGCGCCCGGCUAGUGCCUGGGUUCCCUGCGCGCUGAAGGAGGAGCCGCCGGGACCCCUGCCCGGGUGGAGACGGGAUCCGGGCCGCGCGCGCGCCGGCGGAGGGAGAGAAGCGGCAGCGGCGGCACGGGGACGGUGGGCUCACCGGCACUCGCAACCCGCGGCGCAGCAGCCUGGCCGGCACACGCACACGCGCACGCCGCACGCGGCCCCCCUGCGGGCUCUGGGCCGAGAUCCGGGUGGGGCUCCGGGUGGGGCUCCGGGUGGGGCGCGCGGGGCGAGGGGUGGGGGCGGAGCGGGGCGCGCAGGGCGCGGGGCAGGAACGCGGGGCGCUCGGGGGCCCGUGUGCUCGGCGCCCAUCCUCCGGCGCGGACGCGCCUCUGAUCGGCCUGUCCCUCAGGUCUGGACGCUGGCGGCCGGCGUGCUGCUGGCGCCGACGCUGGCGCUGGCGCUGUCGCCGGGCCGGGCGGGUGCCCCAAGGAGCAGCCGGCGGCCGGCGCGGGGCUGCGCUGACCGGCCGGAGGAGCUCCUAGAACAGCUGUACGGACGCCUGGCGGCCGGCGUGCUCGGCGCCUUCCAGCACACGCUGCAACCGGGCCCGCGCGAGCAGGCGCGCAACACCAGCUGCCCUGGGGGCCGGCCCGACUGGCGCUUCCGGCCGCCCACCCCGCUGCGCAGCGUGUCGCCCUGGGCCUACAGGCUGUCCUACGACCCCACCCGCUACCCUCGGCUCCUGCCGGAGGCCUACUGCUUGUGCCGCGGCUGCCUGACCGGGCCGCACGGGGAGGAGGACCUGAGCCUUCGCAGCGCGCCCGUGCUGCUGCCCACCGUGGUACUGCGCCGCACCCCAGGCUGCGCUGGGGGCCGUUCAGUCUACACCGAGGAGUACGUGGCAGUGCCUGUGGGCUGCACCUGCGUCCCCGCGCCCGACCACGAUGCGCCAGCCGAUCCCGGGGGGUACCGUGACGGAAAAGAGCGGACCCGGCACCCAGGCCACCAAGUGCAGGACAGGAACCUGCGCAGGCCUGUCCGUCCGGGAGCAGGACAGUGACCCGGGCGCGGAAGUCGGCGC